UUCAAAUUAAUUUUGAAGAGGUACAUAAUUUAGACGAUUUUUGUACUUCAAUAUGUCAUAUAAAAUCACUGUGCUGUAGUUUCCUGAUUUUAUUAUUUUAAAGAAGGUUUACUUAUUUGAGCUUGUGUUGCAGUUGUAUUGAUUUUCACAACUAAAAUAAUGGAACCAAAUCCUGUAAUUAUCGCCGCUACGGCUAAACAUACAGCAUCUCUGAUAUUUUUCCAUGGUUUAGGCGAUACCGGACAUGGGUGGGCUAGUACAAUAGCAGCGAUUAGAGGCCCUCAUGUAAAAGUAGUGUGCCCUACAGCUUCGACAAUGCCAGUAACAUUAAAUGCUGGUUUCCGAAUGCCAUCAUGGUUUGACUUGAGGACUCUUGAUGCAACUGCUCCUGAAGAUGAAGAAGGGAUAUUAAGAGCCACUACUCUUGUACACGGACUAAUUUCAGAUGAAGUUAAGGCUGGGAUUCCUUCUAAUCGCAUUCUAGUAGGAGGUUUUUCUCAAGGUGGAGCUUUGGCUCUUCAUGCAGCGCUCACUUAUCCUGAAAGAUUGGCUGGUGUAAUGUCACUGUCAUGUUGGCUACCGAGACAUGCUCAAUUUCCAGAUGGAGUUAAGGCACCAUUAGAUAUACCGAUUUUCCAAGCUCACGGUGAUUGUGACCCUGUUGUUCCCUAUAAGUGGGGUCAAAUGACAGCCUCAUUUCUUAAGACGUUCAUGAAAAACAUCGAGUUCAAUACAUACCAAGGUCUCACCCAUAGUUCAUCGGAGGCGGAACUUAAAGACAUGAGGGCGUUUAUAGAAAGAACUUUGCCCUCAAUUAAAUAACUUUAGAAGAUAAGCUCAGAUUUCAAUGUAGCACGCUGGUCGUCAGAUUAAGUGAUCAUUAAAUUAUAUAUUUAAAUAACAUUUUACAUAAUAUUUACUUAAGUUAUGAUAGAGUUUACAUUAUGUAUUUUCGGUUUUCAUGGUCAUAUAAGUAGGUACAACUGAAUAUGUUGCUCCGAUUUGGAUUUAAGUAAACCCAAAGCAAUAUGUAAAUGAAUUACCUAUCAGUAGAAAUGAAAUAAAUAUUAAAUAAAAUUAAAAUA